GGUGAUCGGUGGUGCGCUGUGUCCCUUGGAUCAACGCAAAGAGCCGAAAAUGUCGGCUCGGUCAUGUGAUCAGCUGUGUCCAAUCACAGCUGAUCACAUCAGUGCCAUCUGUCAGUGCCCAUCAAUGCCAGCUGUCAGUGCUCAUCAAUGCCAGCUGCCAGUGCUAUGCAGUGCCACAUCAAUGCCACAUAUCAGUGCCUACCAGUGCAUAUCAAUGCCACAUAUCAGUGCCCAUCUGAGCUGCCUUUCAGUGUCACCUAUCAAUGCCAGUCAGUGCCACCUAUCAGUGCUGCCAACCAAUGCCACCUAUCAGUGCCAGUCAGUGCUGCCUAUCAGUGCCAGUCAAUGCCGCCUAUCAGUGCCAAUCAGUGCUGCCUAUCAGUGCCGCCUAACAGUGCCGCCUAACAGUGCCAGUCAGUGCCGCCUAACAGUG